AUGUCCGUCACCCUGCGGCUCCUCCCUCUGGCGCUGCUGUGCCUGGGUCUGUCCGUUGGCCCGGCGGAGGGACGCAUUUGGGCGUGGAUGCUCUCCAUCCCCUACAGCCCCCCCGAGGACGUGCCCCCUGCCGCCCGGGACACAGCGUCACCCGCCGCCGCCCGGGGAUCGUCGGUGGUUUGUGACCAUGACCGCGCUUGUGGAAGGGGGCUCUCCUGUGACCGCCACUUUGGGCUAUGUGUGCCCCUCAAGCAGGCGGGACAAUACUGCCGACGGGACGCCCAGUGUGUGCGCGGUCUCAGCUGCAUGUUCGGAAAGUGUCACCGCAGUAUUCCCGAAGGACAGGAAGGAGCCAGGUGCAAGGUUGACCGGGACUGCGAGGGCUCGAUGUGCUGUGCUCGACACCACGGCGAACAAGUGUGCAAACGGCGGCUGGAGCGUGGAGAGAGCUGCUUCGUGCCCGACGGCGGCCUGGCAUUCAGCAUCAACCAGAUCUGCCCUUGCGACGAGGGGCUCCUGUGCCGCAGCAGCGCCGAGACGCCCCGCAGAGAGUGA